UCCUAUAUCGAGGAUUAUUAUUAUAUACAACGAUCCAAUAAAUUCAUACACAUAUUAAAAAAAAAUGAAUGACGUAAUUUCAAAUCUCUAUAUAUAUACCUACAAUAUACGUUUGAUACAAAAUCCAACAAAUCUAUAUCGAGUCAUGUCAAUUGAACUCAAUGACCAUUAGUUGUCUGAGUUCAUUGAUCUAUUAGCUUCCACGUGAGCUUGAUAUAUAGAUAAUUGGGAUGGUUUGUAUAACGGGUUGUAAAUCAAAUCACUCAAAUUGUGAGAUCUUGAGGGGUUUUUGUAAAUUGUGCCUAAAAGAAAAAUUAAAGUUUACAAAACCACAAAUAAAAAUAUAGUGAGUCUGGGGCGUGGUCUAUAUAUAUAAAGCCUUACCGAGUGACGUACGAUAAUAAAUUUGAAAAUGAAUGUAUCAAGUCAACAACAACAAGAGCUUUCAUUAGCUAGUUAGAUGUCUUUCUCUGUAGACGAAGAAUUGCCUCCCUACCCUCAUGAUGAAGACUAUGAUGAUAGUCAUCUAGAUGAGAAAGAGUCAUAUGAAGGUGAAACUGUCGCGGAAUCAUUUGAUGAAACUUUAGAUAAUGCCGAUGAUGUACACGGCUGGAAAUUUAUGAUUUGUGCUAAGACUUUUGAUCGAUUGACUGUGUUUACUUCAAAGAGCUCUAUUCAAAAGUAUCUUUCCCUUAAAGAUGAGCCUCAAAAUUCAAAAGCUAGAGAUAGUCAAUUUGAUGGAAUUGGUGUACCAUUAUUUUGGGUUAAGAAUCAUAAAUUUUCAAUUUCAAAUAUGAUAACUAUUUAUAAAUAUUAUAUCAAUCAUGAUACAUUCCAUCAAAAGGGGUUUAAUCCCGAAACUGAUUAUUUCCAAUUCUGUCAUGUGAGUCAAAGUUCUCAUGCUCAAUAUAGAACUUAUGUGCUUAAAUUUACCCCAGAUCCUAAAAAUUCCAACCUUGAUUUUGAACUUGUACUAUAUGCUCAUUAUAUCGUUCCAGUUAUAGAUUAUGAAUACAAAGGAAAAUUCUAUAGAUGGAUUUAUGGUUAUUCAACUAAGGAAUUGAGAUAUACUUAUAGUCAUUACUUAUUAGAUGAUAAUCAACAUUGUAUAGCUCGUCAUGUUGAUAAAUCAAUUAAUAAGAUUGACUUUGAAAAGUCAAAGGAUAAUCCUUUACUUCAAGGAUAUAUGAAGAAAUUAUUCAAUAAGAGAGAUAAAUAUCCUCGAGAUGAAUAUUAUUCAAGUGUGAACCUUGGUACUCUUGAAGAAAAACGAAAACGUAUACGUAUUGGAAGCUAUAAACUUGACACUGAUUUUGAACUCCAAGAUACCAAUUAUAAUGUUGCUAAACCAAUUGAUUAUUAUAGUAUCAAUUCAGUAGAUUUACAAACAUCAACUUAUGUUUGUAUGGCAAUCCUUUUGAAAAGAUCAGAAGAUAUCAAAAAACAUAGAGAAGAACAUAAACGAAGAAGAAAGAGUUUCGAAGCGGUCAACAACGUGUUAUCAAAUUCAAUUUAGGAUCUAGAUCUAUCUAAUAAUAAUCCCCUUUAGUGUGUUAUUUCUUAUUUAAGUAACUACUUGUGUAAUGUGUGUAUAUAUAAAUAAAGACUAAUGUAAUA